UUGAAUCUCUCACGCAUAAUGUUUGUUAUCUCCCUCAGGGUGGGUGGAGGGAAUUCAGGUGUUCACGUUCCAAGGGGAUGGCGUGGCUACGGAGAGCUCUGUUGCUGUAUACGAAGGCGACGUGCGCCUCUCACGUAAAGUGUACUCCCUGACCUUCUGCAUGAGGUUUAAGAUAUUUUUCCUCCAACAACGUGGGACGAUUUUUUUCCUUCAAGAAACCGCCAAGGAUCGCUUUUGGAUGCUGAGGGGAGAGGUGUGGGUGGACAAGGUGCGAGUAACCAUAUCGCACACCUGGCACUUCAUGCCCCUCGACAUUCAGUUGUGGGCUUUCAGAUGGUACCACCUUUGCUUCACUUACAACCACACCAGUUUCCUGAUCCAGACCUUCCUGGACGGCAAGGUGGUUCAGCACGCCUACUAUGACGUUGGACAGCCAGUCUUUGGCGAUUACAUUGGUGUGGGGAAUGGCCAGGCUAUUACGGAGAGCUAUAGUGGAGUCAUAACUCAGGUUAAUGUGUGGGACAAGGUGCUGAGUGAUGAGGAUAUCCUUAGCAUUGCUCAAUGCCGGGCAGACCCUCAAGGAAAUUUCGUGUCCUGGGAGGCGGGCUGGACACUGUAUAAUGCCACUGCUGAAGACGUGCCCCUCGCCAGGCUCUGCCAAGAAGAGCAAGAACGCAUUUACUUUUGGUUUCCUGACACCACUGACGCUGUAGCGCAGUAUGUGUGUGAGGCUUUAGGAACUCAUCUCCCUAUCGUUACCAGCCUGGAAGAAACACUUUACCUGUACGAAUUAGUUAAGACCAUGUGGCCAGAUAGUGAUCACUGUCCUGUCUAUUAUUGGAGUUCAUUAAACGAUAAAGAAGAGGAAGAUGUGUGGGUUCACUCGUAUAAUACGAGUCUAAUUGAUACUAUAUCUUUUUGGGCACCAAAUGAACCAAAUGGAGGCAGGUAUGAAAACUGCGUUGCAAUAAACUAUUUUGGAACUAUUGACGAUGACUGUGCCUGGAAAAGAUGUGCGCUGUGCACUUUUACGGAGCCUCAAAGAUUUUCUUUCUUUGGUACUUGUGAGCCUGAGCUGCGAAAUGUUUACUUUGUAGCAUACCAGGAGGAGUACGGCGGACUACUCUUUAAAAGCUACGGUGCGUACCACAUCGAGAAACGGAACGGUACCUGGGUUUACUUUGACACAGUGAAGGAUCAGGAUAUAGCCACAAUGGAGCCUUUCGAUCCGGACUUCCCUAUGGGUCGCCGGUGGUGGAAGCUAGAGAGGGAAGUGUGCGGCCAAGAAAAUCCAGGGCGGCGCUUAAUGCUGUUAACCCCUUGCCUCUCACAUCACUUCACCUGCGACGACGGGACCUGCAUCCUCCACCACUACCGCUGCGACCUCAAGUACGACUGCCGGGACAGGAGCGAUGAGAUGGAGUGCGAACUGAUCUCCUUCCCUCAGGACUACCACCAGCACCUCCCCCCUAGGGUGCCUGGGAAGGAAAACUCCAAACUUCCCGUCACCAUCAAGUUCACGAUAAAGUCGAUUGAUGUCCAGACAGUGAAGAUGUCCAUGAAACUUUCUUACGAACUGGAGAUGAUAUGGUUUGAUAAUAGACUGAAUUACUUAAAUUUAAAGACGAACGACAGCCUUAAUAACCCUCGUCUUGACGCCAUGAUGAAGUUGUGGUCUCCUCUGGUUAAACUCCUCAACACAGAUACCAUUGAUCAGUCUUUGCUGGCAGAGGACGCCAACACAGUGGUCAAGAGACUCGCUAAGUCCUUAGGUCGUGACGAGGGCGCCGCCGCUGAAGUCGACAUCUAUUCUGGCAAGGAGAACCCUCUGUCCGUGAGCAGGAAGUACAGCACGGUGUACGCCUGCCAGUUUGACCUGACGCUCUAUCCCUUUGAUAGCCAACACUGCGACAUUCAUCUCCAGAUUGUGUCCGGCCAGGUGUCCUUCCUCGAUGUCCAUCCCAAUUCUUCCGUGAAAUACUUGGGCAGCGAUGUGCUAAACGAAUAUCAGAUAUCUGAGCUGCGUGUGUUGUUGGAGGAAGGUUACGACUCUGGGGAGACGAGGGUCCGGAUUCCCAUGACGAGGUUGUACGGCAACUCCAUUCUCACUAUUUACAUUCCAUCACUCAUUCUCAUGAUCAUUAGCUACCUGACCCUCUUCUUCAGGACCGCCAUCUUCGACGUGCGUGUGAUGGUCGCCCUCACGGCCCUCCUCGUCCUGGCCACACUCUUUGCUCAGGCAUCCUCGUCUCUGCCUCAAACUUCAUAUUUCAAGAUGGUGGACAUUUGGUUGCUAUUCUGCGUGGGCAUCACUUUUCUGGUUAUCAUCUUUCAUAUCCUCAUUGACAACCGGCUGUUCAGUCACGAUAACCAAACAAAAGUACAGGCAUUCAAUGAGCCGUUCGGGAUAAAGUUAGGUGCAAUGAAGCCAGCAGUGCCGAGGCAAGGCAGGCGCCGCUGGGCUCCUCUGUCAAUAUCAGUCGAGCAGCUGGAGCUGCUAGCGAAAGCCUCCACACUCAUUUUGAUUAUUAUAUUCAUCGUCGGCUAUCUGGUUUACAUCAUGACUUAA